CCAUGUGGUUCGCCCCACCAAUGACGUCACUGCGCAUGCGCCACACUGAAACAAGUGAAUUUGUCCACACCGAGCCUCAGCAUCCUCUGUGACGACAAAGAGUCCACUGAGAGGACGCGCGCGAGACUGAGACGGGUCCACGGACAGCGAGACGGGUCCACGGACAGCCGCGCGGGGAGACGGUCCGCUCCGUCCGGAGGAUGCGCGCCGCAGCCGGCAGCAGCAGCAGCAGCAGGUCGCGCUGAACGAGGUUCGGUACCGGGAGGCGGAGCCGCUGCAGAUCGGAACCAUGAGCUGCAACUGGGGCACCGAGCUGUGGGACCAGUUUGAUAACCUGGAGAAACACACCAGCUGGGGGAUCGACUUUCUGGAGCGAUACACCAAGUUCGUCAAGGAGCGGGCCGACAUCGAGCUGAGCUACGCCAAGCAGAUCAGGAGCCUGUCCAAGAAGUUCCACCUGAAGAGGAGCAGAGAAGACGACAGCAGGUUCACCUGGUGUGUGGCGUUUGCUGCGACGCUGCAGCAGCUGAACGACAUGGCGGCUCAGAGAGAAGACCUGGCCGACUGCCUUCACACGCAGAUCGCCUGCGACCUGACGCGCUACACGCAGGAGCUGAAGGCCGAGAGGAAGACGCAUUUCCAAGAUGGCCGCCGUGCUCAGCAGCACAUAGAGAGCUCCUGGAAGCAGCUGGAGUCUCUGUCCCUGAAGCUGGGCUCCAGUGUAACUGACGGCAGCCAGCUUCCUCCUGAGCAGAGACGCAAGAAGCUUCUGGCCCGAAUAAACAACAUCAACCAGGAGAUCCAGAGAGAGAGAGAGCAAAGAGAUGCUCUGCUGAAGAUGAGGGAGGUUUAUGAACGAAGUCCUCAAAUGGGCGACGCCAGAAGUUUGGAGCCUCGACUGGAGGAAGUGAAGCUGAACCUCCAGAGACUGGAGGAGGAGCUGAGGAGGAACCAGGUGUGGCUCUCGGAGGCGGACGGUGGUCUGUCUGACCACGGCGGCAGGAGGCAGAGCGGAGGUUGCGGGUUAAACUCUCAGGCAACAACGCCUGGAAGCAGCAGCCUGAAGCAGUUGAACAACCGCAGCCCUGCCAGCAGAGAGAGCCCCGACGGCAGCUACACCGAGGACCAGGCAGCCGAGAUCACCUUCAAGUCGCGCAGCUCCGAGUUUGACGACGACUUCGAUGAUGAAGAACCGCUACCGAGCAUCGGAACCUGCAAGUCUCUGUACCCGUUCCAAGGUCAGAACGAAGGAACGCUGUCGAUGGUGGAGGGGGAGCUGCUGUCUGUGGUGGAGGAGGACAAAGGAGACGGCUGGACCAGAGUCCGCAGGAACCUGGAGGAGGAGGGAUACGUCCCCACGUCCUACAUCAAGGUGUUUCUGGACGGCAGUGCCAAAGGAUUUGCACAGACCAGUCGUCUCGUUUAGCUCAUCUGUCAGCCUAUCAGGACGUCUUGCAACAGGAAGUGGCAGCUUCUGAUUGGACAGAAUUACUCUUUGGACAUUUCACCCAAUCAGUGUUCAGAUGAUUAACUUGCGAUGAACAGAAGCCUCUGACUGACCAGUCAGCCUUCAGGACUGAUUUUCAUUGACAUCUGAUUAACUUUGUGAAGAAUCUGGAGGAGAAACCAGAAAAAACAGGAUGUGAUUUUAACAGGAAAUGAAGCAAGCUUUCAGGCUGUGAUGUCAUUGCUGUGCUGACAUCACAGCAGGUGUGAAUUCAAAACAUUCAGUGUCUUCUGUAAAUAUGAACCCCACCAACACAAAUAUUAACCACGCCCAUGGAGAGGGGGCGGGGCACAUAGGCUCCGCCCCUUAGUCAAUGAGUAUUGAAUAUAUUAAGUGUGUGAAAUGUGAAUGUUUUGAUUUAAUAAUUAUCCCACUGACAAGUUAUUAACCGAUUGUUUUUUUAUUAGUCUUAUGAGCACGGCAUUUGUAACUUCCUGUAUGUACAACUUUCAAAAUAAAGUCCACUCUGAGCUGAA